CCCCCGGGACUCGGGAUGGGGGCGAGGGGUGUCCCUGGGAACGGGGGAAUCCCCUGGAUCGGGGCUCUCUGGGAUCGGAGCUGUGCGGGAUCGGGACUGUGCGGAACUCGGGGGGAUGCGCAUGGCGCUGCGGCUGGUGCGGUUCCGGGGGGCCGCGGGCGGGAGGCCCCGGCUCGGACUGGAGGAGGCGCCCGGGGGAGACCUGGUGGAUCUGAGCGCGGCGGAGCCAGAGCUGCCCCGAUCGAUGCGGGAAUUCCUGGAGAUCGGUCCCCGCGGGCUGGCGCUCGCCCAGAGAGUGCUGGAGUCGGGGCAGCACCGGGUGCCGCGGGCGACUGCGCAGCUGCUGGCACCGGUGGGGGACCCUGAGAAGGUGAUCUGCGUGGGGUUCAACUACCAUGACCACUGUCAGGAGCAGGGCUUGAAGGUCCCCGAGAAGCCCGUCAUCUUCAGCAAGUUCCCCAGUGCCAUUACCGGGCCCUUUGAUGACAUCGUGCACCCCCAGGACACCAACGAGCUGGACUGGGAGGUGGAAUUGGCUGCUGUCAUUGGGAAGAGGGGGCGACACAUCGAGGAAGCGGCAGCACUGGAGCACGUGCUGGGCUUCACGGUGGCCAACGACGUGAGCGCCCGGGACUGGCAGACGCAGCGAAACGGGCGGCAGUGGCUGCUGGGGAAAACCUUUGACACCUUCUGUCCCCUGGGGCCGGCCAUUGUCACCAGGGAGGCGGUGGCAGAUGUCCACAACCUGUGGAUCCGCUGCAGCGUCAACGGGCACCGGAUGCAGGACAGCAACACCCGCCACCUCAUCUUUGGGGUGCCCGCCCUUAUUGCCUGGGUGUCCCGGUUCGUGACACUGGCACCUGGGGACAUCUUGCUGACAGGGACCCCUGCAGGAGUGGGUGUCUUUCGGAAACCACCCGUUUUCCUUAAGCGCGGUGAUGAGGUGCAGUGUGAGAUUGAGGAGCUGGGCACCAUUUGCAACCGGGUGGUCUGAUGAUGGAGAGACGCCGUAGAUCCCACCUCCCCCCCAAAAGGGUCAAUAAAUCCAUGAACCAUUG